GGUGGGGGGCUGGGGAGAGCUUGCGAGAGAAGCGGCGCGUAAGAGGGCUGCGCCGCUUCGGGACCCGCGGUGUAGUGGGGCCAUGGCGUCGCUCCGCUGUAGCUCGGUGGUGUGUGUGAUCUGCUUAGAGACUCCCAAGUACCGCUGCCCGACCUGCCGCGUGCCCUACUGCUCCGUGACCUGUUUCCAGAAGCACAAGGAGCAGUGCAACCUUAAAACUCAUCCUGUGGAGAAAAGAAGAUCAGCUCCUCCUGUAAAAGUUGCACAGCUUGAGGAAAACAAAGAUGACGAUUCCUCUGUAGCUGAUUUUCUCAAUAGCGAUGAGGAAGAGGACAGAGUUUCUUUGCAGAAUUUAAAGAAUUUAGAGUUUCACUGUGUAGUUUGGGCUGGCCUUGAACUCACAGGAAGCCUCAGCCUUUCAAGUGCUGGGAUUACAGGCAUGUGCCACCAUGCCUGCCCCAGCCCUUACAACUUUGAGACAGUUACUAUGUCACCAGGUUGCCCAGGUGAGUCUGCACCAUUAAGAAACUUACUGCUUAACCCCCACCUGAGACAGCUGAUGGUCAACCUUGAUCAGGGUGAUGACAAGGCAAAACUCAUGAGAGCCUACAUGCAAGAGCCCUUGUUUGUGGAGUUCGCUGACUGCUGCCUAAGGGUUGUAGAACCAUCCCGGAAUGAAGACUCUUAAGGUGGAUUGCUGUGCUCCUUGCCGAAGCACGUAACUGACACUCAGAGGCUGCCCAUUGCUUCUCCCAUGGGGGCAGCUGGUGUGGGACCUUAGGUGAGGCCGGUGAGGUCCCAGAGGCAGCAGACUCGCUGCUGUCGGCUAUGCAGGUCCUCGCCUCCGCGGACAUGGGCUCAUGUUUCAGACAGAUGACUUUAUUCAAGGUGGCUAUCCUUUGUGAGACUUGACAUGCACAUGUACAUCGCUGUCUUAAAAUACUUUAUCUUUGGUACAGUUUGGGUAGACAUCAUAAAUAUCAAGUUUUAUACCCAUGAGUUAAAAACUGGAUCAGUGUUAAUAAAAUCAAGAUAUGGCA